AUGUACCUCUCGGCCAGGAAGGAGAUUGCAUUGCCCCCGAGUGACCUCUUUGAUCGGACGGUAAACACGCCUUUCCAAGACUUGUUUCGCGACAAAAAGAGUCGCUUGCUACAGCAAAUCGACGAGGAACAAGGCAUUUGGUUAUUUCAUCGACCUGCUAAAUGCAGUCGCAUUUUUAUACUACAGCGGAGUAUUUCAUUUCUUUUUAACCGCAGCGAAACAUUUUUAUUUUUGAACAGAGGCACCAUUUCAUUUCUUUUUGACCUCAGCGUACCAUUUCAUUUCUUUUUGAUCACAGCAUACCAUUUCAUUUCUUUUUUAUCCCAGCGUAUCAUUUCAUUUCUUUUUGACCACAGCGUACCAUUUCAUUUCUUUUUGACCACAGCAUACCAUUUCAUUUCUUUUUUACCCCAGCGUAUCAUUCCAUUUCUCUUUGACCACAGCGUACCGUUUCAUUUCUUUUUGACCACAGCGUACCAUUUCAUUUCUUUUUGA